AUGUGGUGGUAUGAUUUGGAUAAAGAAGGGCAAGACUGGGUAGCUGAACAUCUGGGUGCUCUCACGGAUAUCAUGAAAGUCAAGCCCCAGAAUGAUCUAAUCAAGGCUUUAGUGACUUUUUGGGAUCCCGUCUGCAAUGUCUUUCUCUUCUCAGACUUCGAGCUCACUCCCACCCAAGAAGAAAUAACUGGGUAUACAGGUUUCGGCAGGGACUUAAGAAAUCAACAACUUAUAUUCCCGAGGCCUAUGUCGGUGCGCUGUUUCUUUGAUAUUAUGAACAUUAGUAAGCAAAUAAGAAAGAACCGUGUAAGCGAGGGUUGCUGUUCAUUUUACUUCCUGUUCUCCAGGUAUGGGCGUCUAGAGGGGUUUGAAACGUAUGAAAAAGAGUUGAACAACAAGCAAAGCAAAGAUACUUGGAAAAGUCAUCGUGGCUUUGCCUUCAUAGUAGCAUUUCUGGGCGUCAUGGUCUUCCCAAAUGAAAAUGGAACAGUUGAUAUCCAUAUGGCUAUCAUUGCGCAAGUCCUAACUACCAAGGAAGAUCAUACACUUGCUCCACUAAUAUUGUCGGAUAUCUACCGGGCACUAACACAGUGUAAGUCGGGGGCGACAUUCUUCGAAGGUUGCAAUAUCCUUUUACAAAUGUGGCUAAUCGAACACCUUCGCCAUCAUCCAAAAUUUAUGAACUACGGCCCAAGCAAAAGCAACUUCAUUGAAAGCUAUGAAGAAAGAGUGAAGGAUUACAACUCUCCGGAAGGGGUUGAAGCUUGGAUUGUCCACUUGAGAACUUUAAAGGCAAAUCAAAUUGAGUGGACUUUAGGAUGGCUCUCGGUGAGGGAAGUCAUAUACAUGUCAGCCAUAAAGAAUUAUUUGCUAUUGAUGGGCUUGAGGAGUGUUCAACCCUAUGCGCUGCAAAGGGUUCUGAGGCAAUAG